AUGUCUCAAUAUCCACCAGUCCGUCCCUGGGCAACACUCAGCACCAUUGACCGGGGAGACCAGCCAUUGUUCAUCUACGAAGACAAACGCCAUGAAUGGCUUGGACAGCAUCCAUAUGUUCAUCCUCAGACCGCAAAGAAGAGUCGCAACAAGACUCUACGUGCCUUCGCAGAUCGGGGUCCCAGCAUGGCUGAAGGCCUUCGUGAUAUUGCGGAACGCGGUGCAGCUCGUCGCAAUGGAACUCCUGCGAACAAGAAUGAUCUAUCUACCAAGCCAUUGCCGCCAAUUCCUCAACAGAAAGAACAUCAGCCAGCCACCACAGUUGGUCAGGAUGGUGUUCUCCAAGGUUCUGGCCCCGAUAUCAACAAGAUGAGCAUCUACUAUGUUCUUGACAGAUCCAAUAUGGAAGGCCAUCACGAACCCUCAUUUGCUCAACAAAUGGAUUCUCAAGCUGCUACCGAAGUUUACCAGAAGGCAGUUGUUGAUGGGCCUGUGCACUCGACUGAAAAGACGAACCUGAAUUUGCUUCUCGAAGAAUGCAAGCUUGAAGGAUUCGAUGAUGAGACUCCAUCCAUUCAGCCCAAAGACUACCAUAACGUGCAUGCCUCCCACGCCAAUCAUUCCCCUGAUUCCCAUCGCUUGGAUCAUGCUACUCCAUGUGCUGCUCCUGCCUUUGAGGUCCCUUAUGCUCAAGCCGAUUCACGACCUCAUCACGACGGUUAUCCAACCUCGUGGUACGGUUAUACUCCAACCUCGUGGAACGAAGCCUCACCCACCGACCACAAAUUCUCUUCGCAUUCUCACAUUGCGGUGGUACCCAGCCAUACUCCAGUUCCCGAGAUCAAGCAAGAGUAUCAAUCUCCCGAACCGGGCGCAACCUCGUGGUACGGUUAUGCUCCAAACUCGCGGGACGAAGCCUCACCCACCGAGCACAAAUUCUCUCCGCAUUCUCCAAUUGCGAUGGUACCCAGUAAUACUCCAGUUUCCGAAAUCAAGCAAGAAAAUCCAUCCACCGAAGUGGGCGCACCCUUUGAGGAGCUGAUUGCAAUGAUCAACGAGACAAAGGAAAAAUAUCGCCUUUCAAGUGAAGAUCACAACCCAGGAAGCUCGGAUUCUGCUUGCCGUUUGGCUCCUCCCAAUUCAGAGUCUGUGGAUAUCUACUAUGUGGACGGACCCUCUGGCCCUGGUUUCCAGACUCGUGACCCCUUCAUUCGUAAUGAUGAGGGUCCUGUGUUUAUGAGCCCCAACACAAUUCGCAAAGUGGCGCCCACAGCGCCUGUUUGGUCCCCGACUCCUGAUCCUCGCCCCAACCUGGGAAUUUCAUAUGCUGAUUACCGUCUCGCUCACCCUGAUUCAAGUCCUUUAUUUGUGAGCCCCGGACCCAGCCACGAAACUACACCUACAACACCUGGGUCGUCCUCGCCCUAUGUCCCAUACUCUUGUGAAGGAUGUUGCUAUUGGACUGACGAUGAAUCCGAAUCCGAUUCGGAUUGCGAACCUGAAACUGCAUUUGCUGAGCCCCAGUUCCAUGACGAAAGUUCUGCUUCCAAUGUACCACUACAAGAGCCACCUGUGUUGUAUUCGUCUGCCCCCCAGGCCACUUCUCUCCGAGGAGAUUCCACUUGGCGUCGGGACACCUUCGAUGGGAUUGAUACUGGCAUGAUUUUGCCCCUUGAACAGAUGUAUGCUCGGGACUACACUACUCCUGAUUCGCCUCUACAGGAGUCACCCACAUCCCCUACUCCAGCUCCCCCAUCACCAGAGCGUCCAAUUCGUCUCCCUGGACUUUGCUACACUGGUGCGCCUCGGGUUGGAAUUUAUCCAUCUGAUAUCCCCCUCGAUCCCCGGCUUACGGAUGUUCAAUUCCGCCCGAGCUACUUUUCAAGACGGUUGAGCGAGGAGCGAACCAACAUGGACAAUGGCCAGCCUUCUCUUGUCCAGCAGCAAUUGAACGUGACUAAGAAGAAACCCGCAUUCAUGAUGGAUGUCCCCAUCCAGGACGUUUCCCAGCAUCAGACAGCCAUUCACGUUUCCGAGUCUGUCAGUGACGGACACAGCCGCGCAGCUUCCUUCAUCAAUCGUGAAUCUCACAUCAACAACAUCUCCGGCAACGCAACUUCCACCCGUAUCACCGAAAGCCCCGAUGGCUACAGUUCCUCAGGCUCCGAAGGUUCUCGUGGCAAGCGCAAGAGAUUCACCAAGAACCUCUUCGGCAAGAACGGAUACCUUGAAGACAACGAGAGCCCACGCAACAAGAGAUUCCGCUUCCUCAAGGGGGCCGUCAAAAAGGGACAUUCAACCAUCAAGGGAAUGUUUUGGGACGAUGACCGAGCGUUGAUCAGCGCAUCCAAGCCCAGCAUCGUCACCGAGAAUACUGCAACCAUUACUCUGAACCCUGAUGUGCAGUCGAUCCUGUACGCCGAGAUUGAGAACAUGAUCACCCAAGCAGCCAAUGAAUUCCUCAUGAAGGAAUAUUACGACGGCCACCUCACCAUUAGUUCUCUCAACAAGCUGAAGAGAACCUGGGAGAGCAAGAACAUGCCUGGUGUCCCUCAAUUCCGCUUCGACCAAUUUACCCAGUACAAGCUGAUCAGUGAAAACCGCGAUCAUCUCGGUUUCGGCGACACCGGCGACAACAACCUUACUCCGGCCAUCAUUCUGAGAAACUGGAAGGGGAUUUGCAAGCACAUGAGCAUCCGCACCUUUGUGGCCCCCGACUCAGUCGUCAAGAAGGAUCUUCACGAUAUCCUGUACCUCUUGCGCCUCUUGAAUGCCGAGAGAUGCCACAUUGAGCUCAUUAUGGCCCUCAAUGCGCAUGUUCGUGGAGAGCUGGAGAAGCACGAGGUGAUGAGGCGCUACCGAGACACUCAGAACUCUGGAAGCUCUCGCUCUUAA